AUGCCUUCAAUUAAGUUGCAGAGUUCUGACGGAGAGAUAUUUGAAGUUGAUGUGGAAAUUGCCAAACAAUCUGUGACUAUCAAGACCAUGUUGGAAGAUUUGAGAAUGGAUGAUGAAGGAGAUGAUGACCCAGUUCCUCUUCCAAAUGUUAAUGCAGCAAUAUUAAAAAAGGUCAUUCAGUGGUGCACUCACCACAAAGAUGACCCACCUCCUCCUGAGAAUGAUGAGAGCAAAGAAAAGAGAACAGAUGACAUCCUCGUUUGGGACCAAGAAUUCUUGAAAGUUGACCAGGGAACACUUUUUGAAUUUAUUCUGGCUGCAAACUACUUAGAUAUCAAAGCUUUGCUUGAUGUUACAUGCAAGACUGUUGCCAAUAUGAUCAAGGGGGAAACUCCUGAGGAGAUUCGCAAGACUUUCAAUAUUAAAAAUGACUUCACCGAAGAGGAAGAAGCCCAGGUAUGCAAAGAGAACCAGUGGUGGUGUGAAGAGAAGUGCCUGACACUGUAA